AUUCAACAGCGGCCACAUCUACACUUACAUUGGUCCAAUUUUAGUGGCCGUCAACCCGUUCAGCUUUUUCCCGAUUUACAACCCGAAAUACGCGAGGUUGUACUGUUCAUCGGCACUCGGAUCACUGCCUCCUCAUAUCUUUGCCAUUGCGGAUGUCACAUACCAUAAUAUGCUGCGAAUCAAAGAAAAUCAAUGCGUCGUCAUUUCCGGAGAAAGUGGAUCAGGAAAAACGGAAUCGACGAAUUUUUUGCUCCAUCAUCUCACCACGCUCUCCCAAAAAGGAUCAACGGGGUGUUCGGUGGAGCAGACGUUACUAUCGGCUGGGCCUGUACUUGAGGCUUUCGGCAACGCUGUGACGGCGCAGAACAACAACAGCUCGCGGUUCGGCAAGUUCAUCAAGGUCAAUUAUCGAGAGAAUGGCAUGGUUUCUGGUGCCAACGUGGAAAUCUACCUGCUCGAAAAGUCGCGCAUUAUCUCCCAGGCCGUAGGCGAGAGGAACUACCACGUGUUCUACUAUCUAUUGGAGGGUGCAACUGAAGAGGAAAGGAAGGAAUUCUUCCUUAUGAAGCCGGAUGACUAUAAUUAUUUGAACCAGAACGCCUACGAGCCGACGGAGGGUGUGAAUGAGAAAUAUGAAUGGGGCAGGUUGAAACAGGCGAUGCUGGCCGUUGGCUUCCCACCCACUACGCAACACACUCUACAAGCCAUUAUAUCGGCUGUACUGUUGCUGGGAAAUAUUAAAUAUAUUAAGCGCCAAGGCUACCACAGCGACGAGGCGGCCUACAUCGAAAAUGAGGAGGUGGUGGGGUUGGUGGCGAAGCUGUUGAAUAUCAGGGCCGAUCAUCUCUCCCAGGCCCUUACUAUGAAGCGCACGAUCACGAAGAAUGAUACCGUAAUCUCGAGGUAUAGCGUAUCGGAGGCGACAAAUACGCGAGAUGCCAUGGCCAAAUGCCUAUACAAUGCCCUUUUCCACUGGAUCGUCCUCCGCAUCAAUCAACAACUUCUCAGGGCCCAGUCACCAACGAAUGGAUAUUACAUCGGAAUCCUGGACAUUUUUGGAUUUGAAGACGUUGGAGGGCAAAAGAAUUCCUACGAGCAACUUUGUAUUAAUUAUGCAAAUGAGCAUUUGCAGGCCUACUUUAAUCAGCAUAUCUUCCAAUUUGAGCAGGAAGAAUACCUAAAAGAAGGCAUCAGCUGGACGAAUAUUGAAUAUACCGACAACACGGAAUGCCUCCAUUUAUUCCAGGCAAAACCGUACGGUAUUUUGCGACUAAUCGAUGAGGAAUCCAAUAUUCACAACGGCACGGACCAAUCCAUGCUUGACAAGCUGAAUCAAUUCUUGAAGAACAACGAAUUCUACGAGAUGCCCCAAAAACGUGAGAAGGCCUUCAUCGUGGCUCACUAUGCCGGCAAAGUCAAGUACCAGAUUACGGGAUUCCGGGAAAAGAACAAAGAUCUGAUGCGCCACGACGUGCUGGUGACGCUGAAAAAUUCGAAAUAUGGCGUCGUCCGCGAGUUGGUCGGUUCUGAUCCGGUGGCUGUCUAUAGAUGGACCCUCGUCCGAUCCGUUUUCCGUGCUCUUCAAGCCUUCAAACAAGCUGCCCGUACGAUCCAGAGAAGCGAAAGCGCCGGUCAUCUAGGAGUUCAGGACGAGGGAGUGGCUAGAGGGAGGAGGAGCAGCGAUUCACAAUUGUCCGCAUUUUUGCGUGGAGAGUUACGACUGUCAAUCCCCGACUUCUGCGAUACAUCCGUAUUCGGGACGAUCACGUCGCAAGCUAGAAGGAGUAUGCUUCGGCCGCAAAAGGAAAGACUGUCUACGCUUAAAAGUCUACAGAUUCUACGCGACGCUAUGGGCCGAAAGCGUGGCGUCACCUCUCAAAAACCGACCUCCGUUUCGCGUCAAUUUGAAUACAGCUUGAUCCGUCUAAUGUCAACCCUCAGCUCGGCCACCCCAUAUUUCAUCCGAUGUAUUAAGAGCAACAACGAAAAGAUAGCCAACCACUUUGAUGAGGAUAUUAUCUUGCGACAACUGAGAUAUACGGGAAUGUUGGAGACGGUCAGGAUCAGAAGGGCCGGAUAUAGCGUCAGGAUUGAGUACGAGGCAUUCAUCAACCAAUAUCGUAUCCUAUUACCUGGAGGCUUAGAUAGUCGUGUCGAAGAUGUUCAGACAUUCAUCAGAAAUCAUCCACAAAUUCAAGAAGAGAAUGUGCAGUAUGGAUUGACAAAGGUAUUCAUGCGAGAUGCGGAAAAAUUGAUUUUGGACGAAUUUCUGCAUCGAACGAUUAUGCAUCAUAUUGUCACGCUGCAACGUUGGUUCCGUACGGUCCUCGCUCGCAAGAAGUAUCUUCGUCUUCGUGCUGGUGUAGUUCGUAUUCAAGCAAUGUUCCGUGGGAUGCAACUAAGAAAUAAGCUACGACAGCAGAGCUAUGCUGCCAUGGUGAUACAGACCAAUUGGAGACGGUAUCGCGAUGAGAUGCGCUACAAACAGCUCCGAGCGACGAUCAUCGCACUGCAAGCGGCAUAUAGAGGAGCGGAGACAAGAAAGAGAAUCGGCGAUAUCCCCCGAAAAGGCUUCAACCGUUUCCACAUCACGAAAAUCCACACUUUCCAACUGCCCAAAUUCGACUUGACCAACCCGGCUUCAUUGGCUGAGUUUGCAACGUCUUCUGAUGAAUGCUCAUCGGAAGACGAAUCGGAUGACGGUCUCGAUUUGACACCGUCGGAGGGAGAUGUUUUUGGCACUUUUCCGUACGUUUAUUCAUGGGACGAUAACGUGGAUCUGGACGUGGAGUUCACGUUGGAAGACACGAAGUUGAAAUUGAUAGAG